AUGCUCCUCCUCUUGCUGGUCCUCUCAUGCCUGGGCCGGCUGACCUCCGCCGGCCAGUACUCUGAAACAUCACAUCUGCGAAUUACAGUGCCACGGAAGCUUGGGACCAACACCAAUGACGGCGAUGCUUCAGAAACACGUGUCAUUUAUGCUAUCAAAAUUGACAGAAAAACAUACACUCUUCACCUUGAAAAACAGUCAUUUUUAGACCCUCAUUUCCUGGUAUAUUCAUACAACGAAUCAGGAACAUUGUAUCCAGAUUCGUCAUUUACAAAGGACCAUUGUUUAUAUCAAGGAUAUGCCGCAGAGAUUCCAAAAUCAGUCGUGACACUUAGAACCUGUUCUGGACUCAGGGGAUUAUUGCAGUUGGAGAAUGUCAGUUAUGGAAUUGAGCCAUUGGAAUCUGCAGCUACAUUUGAGCAUAUACUUUAUCAAAUAAAGAAUAAUAAAACUGAUUUUUUCCUUUCAAGAGGAAAUUAUCCUACCACUCAAUCUGCAGAUCAACCCUAUAAAAUUCUUGUGAAGUCAGAAAAAAAAUCAGGUGAUGUGCUAUUGAAAAAAACUCUGAAAAUACAAAUCAUUAUGGAUAAAGCCUUGUAUGAUUAUAUGGGCUCUGAAGUGGCAGUUGCAGUUGAGAAAGUUGUCCAUAUCUUAGGUCUCAUCAAUUCUAUGUUUUCCCAGCUAAACAUGACUGUUAUGUUAACAUCUUUGGAGCUCUGGUCGGAUAAAAAUAAAAUUUUAUCUAAUGGGGAUGCUAAUGAAGUACUGCAGAGAUUUGUGUCAUGGAAAGAAAGUUUUUUGUUUCGAAGAUCCCGUGAUAUGGCAUUUUUAUUAAUUUACAGGGAUUCUCCUAAUUAUGUGGGAGCAACAUAUCGUGGAAUGGCAUGUGAUCCAAAACUAGCUGCAGGAGUUGUUCUGUAUCCAAAGAAGAUAAGUUUAGAGGCAUUUUCAGUUGUUAUGGCACAGUUGCUUGGAAUUAAUCUGGGAUUAACAUAUGAUGACAUCUAUAAUUGUUACUGUCCAGGAACUGUAUGCAUUAUGAAUCCUCAAGCAAUACGUUCCCGUGGUGUAAAGUUUUUCAGCAGUUGCAGUGAGGAUGAAUACAAAGGUAUAGUUUCACAGCCAGAAUUAAAAUGUCUUCAGAAUGGAACUGUUUUCAAAUUGGCUGCCCAAGGAAGACAAAUGACUUGUGGCAAUGGGAUUUUGGAAACUGGAGAACAAUGUGAUUGUGGCCGUGUUCAGACAUGCGCCUUUAAGAAGUGCUGUAAUCCUGCAACUUGUGUACUGAUUGGAUAUGCAGAAUGUGGCAGUGGACCAUGCUGUGACAAAAAUACUUGCCUGAUACGUGAAAGAGGACAUAUAUGUCGGAGAAGCAUCGAUCCAUGUGAUUUUACAGAAUUUUGCAAUGGAUUAUCUGAGUUUUGUAUGCCAGAUAUGAAAUCUGCUGAUUUAGAAACAUGCAAUAAUAAAACCGCCUACUGCUUUAGUGGAAUAUGCCAAGAUAUGGAUAAACAGUGUGCGCAGGCUUUUGGAAAAUAUGCUAAAGGUGCUGAUUUUCUAUGUUUACAAGAAGUGAAUAUUCAGAAUGAUUUGUUUGGAGAUUGUAGACACAGGCGGUGUUCUUAUAUGGAUACCAUUUGUGGAAAGUUAGUUUGUCACUGGACACAUACAAGUCUCUCAAUACCAACUUCAGGUUAUGAUAUUCAAUAUACUUACUACGGAGGCCAUGUAUGUAUGUCAGGAAAUCUCAGACAUGGUGCAAAAAUUAAAAACCUCUUUGUAAGAGAUGGCACUAUGUGCGACGAAAAUCGAUUUUGUCAACGAAGUUAUUGCAGACCUGUCGGUGAAUAUAACAGAACAAUAACGUGUAAUGCAAUAACCAAAUGCAAUGGACAUGGGGUUUGUAAUUCUAGAGGCAACUGUCAUUGUGAUGCUGGAUAUGCUCCUCCUUCUUGUGAUCCAUCAGUGUCAUCCCCAGGAGGAAGUAUCGAUGAUGGGUUUUGGAUUUUAUCUGAAGAAAAAAAUGUGAACUUCCCAAAAAGAAAACCACGUGGUUCUCCUCGAAAAAAUGGCCUCUUGAUCAGUUUCUGCAUUUUUCUACCUUUCCUUAUUUUAAUUGCCGUCAUUGCUCUUAAAUGGAAUAAGAUAAAAUUUUGGGUAAGAGAGGAACCAGUAAGUGAAGGAGUCGCCAUUUCUCGCAGCAGCUCCCUUCUUCAGGAUCUCGGGUAUGAUGUUCUCCACCUCUAUGUAAUAGUUCAAGGAAACAUGCACCAUGUUGCACUGGAUCAUACCCCAGGAAGGCACAUGUCCCAAGAGAGUGGCUUCUCUGUACGUUUUUCAGAGAAGCAGAAGUAG